CAGCUUAACGCAUGUGCACAGGGCGCCUCGCGUCGCGGCGCUCUGGUCCCGCCGGUCGGAGGCUGCGAAACCGAGCGGCCGGAAUUCGCGGACCAGAGUGGUCGCAUCUCUCGGUUCAGAUAUACACGCGCGGCGCAAGGUACCCCAGGGUCCGCGGUUUUCCAUGAAAAUCGAGGAACGCGCGGCCAAACCGACGCUGGCCAACGGAACAGUACCAGCCGAGUCGCGCGCCGAUCGUCGACGGAAUAAUGCCGCCGCGAGCAUCGUUCUGCCAUCGGUGACGAACGACGACCGUUGUAAACGACACGCAUCACGAUCGUCUCGCGACCACGGUGUGCACGUGCUACGACAUGACCACCCAAACGGGAAGCUGCCGCUGAGUCCAGCCAGUCGCUGGUGCGUCCAGAGUUUCGCAGAGAGAGGAAGCGCGUCCAGUUAACAGAACGACGAUAGAAAACGGAAAGAGUUACGGAUACUACGGCUGGCCACUUUAAACUGUCCACACCACCGCGACGGCGGUCACACAAGCGGUGUACGCGUUGUCUAUCAAUUGGCGAAAAGAGGAAGUGGUAGUCGACCGGCGGAUGUUGCUCUCUCGUAAAGCUUGGCGCGUUCGCUCAGCAGCUCCGUUCACCGGAGAAUCGACCACGGAUGACAAUCGAAUGAACCGGCCAGGUUCAUGACUCGCUAAGGCAAUCGCUCGCUUAUUUUUUAUUGUUAUUCAUCGGCAUACGGGUUGGCUGUGUGACUGGCACUCGUGAUACGGCGAAACUCGCGUUUGUAAAAUUUCAUGCGAAACUUUCGGCCAAAUGAGUAGCCAGAGAGAGUGUUCUUUUUUGCAGAAGUGUUGAGAACGGUAAAGGACGCGAAGAAACGCUCUGAGAGGUGACGCGCGUCAUUUGAGAAUAUCUACGGUUCCGAUCGCGGAUCCUGCGAAAGAGAGAGAGAGAGAGAGAGAGAGAGAGAGAAAGAAAAAAACGGUGAAAAAAGGAAAGAGGCUCGUGCGAGAGAAGGGUGAUGGUGAUUGGACUCGAAUGGUCGCUUCGCCUCGUAGAGAAGAGUAAGUUUCCGCGAAGGACAGAUGUUUGGUGGACGGUGUCGGGUGGUUUGCAUUCGAGGCCAAGUAAUUCGGUGCUGGCUGGCUCGGUGACUGUACGCGUUCACGCUUGGUCUGUCAGGACCACGAGCACGAGCACGAGCACGAGCACAAGCUCGAGCACAAGCACGAGUAAGAGCAAGAGCAAGAACGCCACGGGAUUGUUUGAGGAGGUGCCAGUGCGUGGAGGGAAGAAGCAGCCACGACGGAGCCCAGCGCCGGGGCACGGACAACAAGGCCCCCGGUGCAGGGAAGAAGCCAGGCAGAAGGGGAAACCGGGGCCAGCGUAGCAGCAACGGCCCUGAAACUACAGGGGAACCUAGCUACCCCCUUGCACAGGGGGGAAACCAGGAGGAGACCUCGCCGACGGAGGCGACGGAAAAAGAAGCGACGGAGGUGCGGCACAACUUCGUUAGGAGGGUGGACAGAGGAACGGAACGUGUCUGGAGCGGCUUGGCGUUUUGAACGAAGGUACCACACCGACGAAGAACUCUGAUUACCAUCUUUACCCCCCUCGUGUACAAGUUUUAAACCUGCCCCCCCACCCCCCUCGUAAAUUACCCCCGCAGCUUCGAUAACUCACGGUUCUGUAGUGCUCCAGUUUCUAAUUUUUCUUUCUGUACCGAUGAGUCCAGUGUGAUAAACCGGGAUAAAGGAACGAGAACGGAGAGAAUUAAAAGAGAGUAUAUUAAUUCGAUGAUACGCUAAGUGAUUCACGGUGAUGUUGGUGUGAUAGGAAGAGUGUUGCGCGCGCGCGUGUUGUCCGAGAGAGAGUGAGUGUGAGGAGGGAGGAGUCGCACCGAAGCAGGUGAUAUAUGUAUAAAUAAUAGAAAUUUAUUCAUGUAUAUGUAAGGACGUGUGCCAGUGUGUCCAUACGCAAGGUAUUCGAGUACAAAGAAAAUAAAAAGAAGAAGAAAAAAAAAGAAAAAAGACACAGCCGUUAAAAGUGAAGACAAAGACGUACUGUUACUUGAUACGAAGAUAGGGAAAAACGAAGAGGAAAAAGAAGGAGGUGAAGAAGAAGAAGAAGAAGAAGAAGAAGAAGAAGAAGAAGAGGAGGAGGAAGACUAAACUACAAAACCCUAAAGAUCAAAGACUAAGGAAAAGUGUGAGAGUACGUAAAGAAGAAAACACAACCAAGACCGAGGUGGCAUUAGAAGGUGGGCCAGGUGGGACAGUAGCAUGAGUUCGUACUUCGCGAAUUCGUACAUCCCGGACCUGCGUAAUGGCGGGGUGGAACACCCGCAUCAGCAUCAGCAGCACUACGGUGCCGCCGUCCAGGUGCCCCAGCAAACGCAGUCGGUUCAGCAGCAAUCUCAGCAAGCCGGAGAUCCAUGCGAUCCCAGUCUCCUACGUCAAGGAGUGCCUGGCCAUCACUAUGGGGCCGCCGGUAGCCAGCAAGACAUACCUUAUCCGAGGUUUCCGCCGUACAAUCGAAUGGACAUGCGGAACGCGACCUAUUAUCAGCAUCAACAGGAGCACGGCAGCAUGGACGGGAUGGGUGGUUACAGGUCGACGUCCCCGAGCCCCGGUAUGGGCCACAUGGGACACACGCCAACCCCGAACGGACAUCCGUCCACUCCCAUUGUCUAUGCGAGUUGCAAGCUUCAAGCGGCCGCGGUCGAUCAUCAGGGUAGCGUACUCGAUGGACCGGACAGCCCGCCGCUUGUCGAGUCGCAGAUGCACCAUCAAAUGCACUCGCAACACCCUCACAUGCAGCCGCAACAGUCGCAGCAUCCGCAGCAGCAACAGCAGCAUCAGCAUCUUCAGGCGCAGCAGCAGCACAUGAUGUACCAGCAGCAGCAACAGACGCAGGCGACGUCGCAGCAAUCUCAGCCCGGCAUGCAUCCUCAGCAGCAGCAACAACCUCAGCAACACCAAGGGGUGGUCACGUCGCCGCUUAGUCAGCAACAACAGGCUGCUCCCCAAGGUGCGGCCAGUGCCAAUCUACCGAGUCCGCUCUACCCGUGGAUGAGAAGUCAAUUCGAGAGGAAACGAGGCCGGCAAACGUACACCCGAUACCAAACCCUCGAGCUGGAGAAGGAGUUCCACUUCAACCGAUACCUGACCAGGCGGCGGCGUAUCGAGAUCGCGCACGCACUCUGCCUGACGGAACGGCAAAUCAAAAUCUGGUUCCAAAACAGACGAAUGAAAUGGAAGAAGGAGAACAAGACGAAGGGCGAGCCAGGCUCGGUGGAUGGCGACACCGAGAUCUCGCCGCAGACGUCGCCGCAGGGUUGAGAGAUCCCCGAAGAGUGGAACUUCCAAAGAGGUCUCAUCUCUCUCAGGGUCGUUAAUACCUUGUUUCCAGCACUACCUCCUCCCCCUAUACACACACACACACACACACACACACACACACACACACACACACACAGAGACACACACAUAUACACGUAUACACAUCUGCCCCAACCAGCCCCGUCAGACCCCAUGCCAGCCCCGAUACAUCUCCAAAUAUCAAACCCCCAAAUCGCCCACACGCCCGCCCCCUGCCCCAGUCCACCACCACCCCCACUCAUACAGCAAUGACGCUUAUUUUGUCGUGUUAAUCAAGUUGCUCGUACCAAAAAAGGAGAGGACAACGUUAAGAGGGAUAAACGGGAUAGAGAUGAAUGUGGAAGAGAAAUGAACGUGGCCGACACGGUGUGGAUGGAAGUGAAGACGUGAACAGGACGAUGACAAAGAGACGAAGGGAUAAGGAGCGAGAUUGCGCGCGCGAGCGAGAAUCGGAGAGAGAGACAGGGAAGGGAAUGCGAGGUAAGACGAGGAGGAUCGGAGAGGGACACGGACACGGAGAAAAAAAAAGAAGGAAAGGAAAAGAAAAGGAACCGGACACACGAAUGAGUCGGAUGAAGAUUUAUAGGGACGCGCGAUCUUCUAAUAAUCACGUAGUGGAAUGUAGAAGAAAUCGGAGAGAAAGAGAGGAUUGGAUCGGAGGAAAACUGGAUCACAUGCUAAUCAGAACCGCGUUAACCUCUAUUACAUUUAAUGGAAUGUAAUUGUACUAAAGCCUAUAAUGAUAGAGAUAAUUUGGCAGAGAAAGAGAGAAAGAGAGAGGAGAGAGAGUGGAAAAAUGACAAAAAGAAUGUAUGAGAUUGUAUGAAAAAGAGAGCAAGAGUGAGAGACUAAGAAAGAAACAAAUACACGUACUUCAAAAUUCGAGUGUCGUGAAAGUUUGGCAGGAUGAACGGAUCGGUCUUUGUAAUUGUAUAGUAGAGUAUGAAUGUGCCCCUGUGAAAGAAUGUAAAGUGAUUGAUAUAUAUAUAUAUAUAUAUAUAUAUAUGAUAUAUAUAAAAGGAGUAAAGUGAAAAUGUGAAAUAUGCAAAAUUCUGCCGAGAGAGAAUGAGAAUGAAGAGCGAACGAGCGAUAGGAUCGCCCGGAUCGAGCGAUGAUGAAUCUUUUCGUGGAGUAAACGUUGUAUUCGCGUGGAAAAAAAAAAAUGAUCCUUUAGGAAAGCGUUUUAUUAUUUAUUCUCUUACACGUCGUACACGCGUAGAGUCCGUAGUGCGGUUAGGUCGUAAACAGAAAAAAGAAAAAAAAUGAAAACUAGCGGAAAAAGGACGGUCGUCCAGUCGUGUCUCUAUUUAGCGAGUAGAUGAACGGUUUAGUGUUCUUUAGAAGAUCGUUUAGAUAGGUUUUUUCUCUAUAAUACCGCGGUGGCUCAGCGAGGGUUAUUUAGUAAUCGCGAACGUGCCAAGUGUGAUCUUCGAAUGUGUGUUUCUCCAGUGCCGGGAGGAUUCGACAUGGAAAUCGCGGAGGUGAAGAGAGAACGGAGAAUGAAGAGGAGAUUCCGAUAAAACGACCUGCACACUUAACAUUAUUAUCCGGCUAAUGGACGAAGUUACGGAGGAAAUUAAACAGAGAGCAUGCGACGAAGGAAGAAAAAAAAAAAAAAAUCAAGGCGAUAUUCGAUUUACGUUGUCGUGAAACCAGUGAAAUAUCAGUGUGUGUGUGCGCUUGUAACGCAAUCUGUUAAAUUCCAGUGAUUCUUUAGUGAUUGAUCGGAUCUGUCGAUAUCGCCAGUAGUCUCGACCAAUCACACGAAUACGUCGAACGAAAUACGAAUACGGGGGAAUCCUUUUCUCUGGACAGUGUGCUGAUCGAAUGAAUGAAAACAGUGCUGUUUAGGAGUGCGGAGGCCUCCGGCGGAGCAGAAUCAAACCGACUUGACAUUUCUUCAUCAGUGUCGUCGCAAGGUCAGUUAAAAAAUUCUAUGCUUCCUUGCACUUUUGUGUGUGUGUAUAUUUUUGAUUAUUUCUUAUUUCUUUUUUUUUUCCUGUUUAAGUAUUUCAUCUUUUCAUUGAACUCUUCUUUUUUACAUUCAUCGUUUCAAAUUUAUUCUAUCGAUCGUAUACUGCUUGAAGAAUAUGUCAAAGAAAUGAAUCCUCUUUAUUCAUUCUCGUCAGGCGCGCAGCUAAAAGAUUACGGGUAACACAUCGCUGUGUAUUGUAAUUAUGCAUUUCUUUCGCAAGCAAAAGUAUCGCGGCUACUUCAGAAAAAAGGUGUUUCCCAACAGUCGAGAUCGAUUAUGUUAAUAAAAUAAAUUAUCUUUUUUGUCAUAAAUCCACAUAAAUCAAUUUUUUUUUUUUUUUAUGUUCAACGUGCAGACUAAAAGGUUUACAAAGCUCACUAACUGAAUUCAUUAUAAUAUAUUUAAGAAAAUCGCAUUAAACAUUUUGUUGCAAACACCUUUCGUCAAGGUAGACGGCGCCAUAAAGUAUUUAAAAAAAAACGUUUCACGAUUUCACAUGACAGUAUUCGCUGCGUUCCCCUUGUAAAUAUUCGAAGCAGCGGCGAAAAAAAAAAAAAAAACAACUGCUAUGAGAGAGAUCCUCGAUAGGACCAAAAUUCGAGGAAUCUUCGGAGGCAAGUGACCAUUGAAAAUUUACUACUGCUCCGUGAGAUACGAGGCCAAGUUACCAAGUGAUGUAAUUCGUAGCAUAUUUUUGGAAUAGAAUGCUUUCGGCAUGAAACCUCUUGGCACUUUAAUGGCAACUCUAGGGAAUAGAGCCGUUGAUUGAAAAAGUUAUCCUGAUCUCUCCGUAAAUCGAGGCAAUCCUCUUGAUGAUAAAAAAUAUUCAAAGAAAAAAGAUAUGAAAGAUCACCCUCUGUAAUUUCAAUAAAUAACUAUGCUGUUCAAGCUCGAUCAAAAUUCUCAUCCAUUCAUAGCUGGAAAAACUAUUCUUCGAAGACAAAGAUACAAAAUCAAUUCGAUUUGAUCUAUCGAUCUACGAUCAAUUCUAGUGAGAAGAAUUUCGAGUUUCAAAUUUAAUACAUUCGGCCCUCUGAUUUCCAAAAUACAGAACGAUUCUAUUUGAAUGCUCGAGUCCAUAGAAUGCGUUAAGCGUGCCAAGAAGUGACCAAACGCACCAUCUGUCUGGCCCGGUCGAUAAAAAUGCUCGGUGAUCGAUGACGUCGGAUCGUAACACUGACGGACGACAUCAUCGUGUCCAUCUACCGGGCCGAAGACACGUCGGAGAACUUUGCCGCGGCGAAUUCUUGUGCUGUGUUGUAAAACUUAGAUUGACAUAAUUUAGUUUAUACCUUGUAUACACGCAAUUUAACGAUAUACGUAAUAAACGAUAAUUAACGAAUACGUAAUAAUGUAUAAACGAUGAUGACGAUGAUGAAAAGACGGUAUUUAAACAAAAGCGGACAGAAAAAGAAAACGAUAAAAAAAAGAACAAAUGAAAAAAGAAUAUAGAUGUAUAUAGGAGGAAAUAUUCUCGGGAUCUCGCAAAAUCUCCUUUACAUGCAGAUCACACGGAUUCGAAGAAUGUUCCUGCGGGACGCGUUCGCGAGGUCCCGCGGAUUUUCUUUUGAUCCGUACUCGCGUUAACAGAAAUAAAAAAGACAAAAAAAAGCAAAAAAAAAAAACAAACAAAAAGGAGAAAUGAUCAUGGAAAAAAAGCAGGAAAAAAAAUUGGAGAUAUAUGGAACUGAUAUACGUAAUACAUGGUCCAGCUCGCGCACGCGCAUCGAUUGAGCACCGGCCGGCCUUUCUUUCUCGAGAGAUUUAUUUAUGUAUAACUUUUUGUCCUUGAGGAGCAACGAACUGUGAAAAACGGAAGAUCGUCGACGAUCGCUCGCUGUCUCUUGCGAACAGUUGUUCUUUUUUCGUGGGGGAAGCGCCGAAACCCGUACGUUUACGGUCAGGGGUCGUGAUUCUAAAUUGCUCCGGCAAAUUGGCGUCAAUUAAGCUCGAUAGCCCGAGUCGAGGGGCUCCGCGUUGCUGUCGGUAUGGGUUUUCGUGAAAGUUUCGAGAAAAGAGAAACACCGGCGAUAAAUAAACGAACCUUCGAUUUUCAUUUUCAUCUACUUAUGGCGAAUUGUUGUUCAGGUUAUAUUUUGUCGUUCAGCUACAUCCAAGUUAGAUAAUCGCACAAUUAGAAAUGGUUACCACUGCACGUCUUUCGUACCACGUUGAUUAUCGUAGUGAAAUUUAACAAGCAAAAUAUCAUACUUUCGUUUCGUCAACCACUAAAUUCUUCAUUUUCAAAACAAACGCGUAACGAAUUGACGUAACGUCAGCCAUGAUUAUUUUUAUUUCACCAUUUCUCCACUAGUAGCUCUGUUUGUCAAUCGAGGUCAAGAUCGAUUUCGAUUAUUAGAUCACUCGACUAUUGUUAGUUUUCGGCUCGUACGCCAUGUUGAUCAGCAUAUUUUCUUCCACUCUUAUCGAAAGUUAAAGUGUUUCGUUUUACGUUGUUGAUUAGAAUGUUCAUGAUAAAUCGACCAAUUUCACUGGAUUUGGGCGUUUCGCAGUACUGUCCCGCAUUAUGUAAACUAAAUGUACACAGGAGAAAGAAAGAGAAAAAAGUAUGUCAGCGAACGAUGUUGUUUAUGACGAUGAUGGCGAUGAUGACGAUGAUAACGAUGAUGAUGGCGAUGGUGGUGAUGACGAUUACGAUAAUGACGAUACAAUUGCGAUGACGAACGAUAUGCACGCGAAUGAAUAAUGACGAUGACGAUGACGAUGACGAUGGGAAACGAUAAUAGUAUUAUACGCUAUCAUGUCGACAAGUCUAAACCGUAUUGUAUUAUAUUAUAUAAGAGUCUGUCCAUAUUAAUAAUAAUUAUAUUAAUUAUAAUAGCUGUGUUUGAAAACGAGAAAUAAAUUGUGGUUGAAUAUGAAAA